CUUUCGAAAAAAGUAGUGAUAAGGACUAGACAUCGGAAAUGGAGAACAAGAAACUUCGACAUUAUUAACAUUUUUCACAUUGAAACGUUUCUGUAAUAUCAGUUACCUCCUUGAAACAGAAAAUAGCAAAAAUUCACGUGUCUAAGAAUCAUUUGAAAAUGGAUCGAUCGAAAUACUGUGGAUGUAAAGGUAUAAGAACGUGUUUGCAAUGUGAAGAAAAGUACGGCCUGAAGGAAAACCAAAACCUCAUUACGAAUGCUAUCAAAAGUUUCCCAACGUACGUAUAUUGCAUAUUCUGCGAUAAAGUGUUUGCCGGCCAAAACGCUGAUGAAUAUUUACAUCACCCAAAUCACCGAGAAAAUGGUUACCAAAAAGUAUCCGGUGUUUAUGUGUUUCCUGAAUUCAUCACAGAUGACGAAGAAAAGCAACUAAUUGAUGAUUUAGAUGCCAUGCCUUGGGAUAUAUCACAAAGCGGACGACGGAAACAGAAUUUCGGACCAAAUUGUAAUUUUAAGAAACGAAAACUCAAACCAGGUGCUUUCAAAGGGUUCCCUAGUGUUACCGAGUUUAUUCAAAAAAGAUUCAACGAAGUACCAUUAUUAAAAGGUUACCGAACUAUUGAACAGUGUUCUUUAGAAUACGAUCCUCAUCGAGGAGCGUCGAUCGAUCCUCAUAUAGAUGAUUGUUGGAUUUGGGGCGAACGUAUUGUCACCGUUAAUCUCUUAUCCGACACAGUUUUGAUUUUGACCAAGUAUAAGGGUGAUAAAUCGCGAUAUAAUCUACAGCUAGCUCCUAAUAUUGACACCGAUCCGGAUGAUAUCGCCAUUAGAAUACCUAUGCCGAGGAAAUCGUUAGUAAUUCUAUGCGGGGACGCUAGAUAUAAUUGGGAGCAUUGCAUUCUAAGAGAAGAUAUCCAAAAACGUAGAGUUUGUUUAGCUUAUAGAGAAUUUACGCCGGAUUAUUUACCCGGAGGGAAGAAUGCGAUAGAAAGUGAAAUGAUUUUAAAAUUAGCCGAAAAUUUUUGGUGAUUGACUUACUUCAUUGUGUAUGAAAUUGAUUUUCGUUUUUUUUUUUCUAAUUUUUAAUUUUGUUAUUCUUAUUUUUUGUAUAUUUGUGUAUCUACUUUUGUAAAAACAUCAAUUAUUGUAUGAUAUGAAAUAUGGACCAGUGAGGUUUUCUUGCAGUAUUAUUUGUAUCUUGAUGUUUGAUAUUCUUGUCUUCUGUGAAGUUUCUGUUUAAGUGUUGCAAUGACGACGAUUAAUUUAAAUUAUUCAAUAUUCUUGACUUUGUGAAGCAAAAUUUUAUUUAUUUGUGUCAUGUAUGCUUGAAUGUUUCUGUUUGAUGAAGGAAAAAAUUGUGGAAUCAUAGGUAUGUAUAAGAAAUAAAAUACAUUAUAUUAAAGCAUGA